AUGGCUGAGGACUCAGUGGCUCCAAGGUAAGGCUGAAGACUUUGUGCUGGAUACAGGAACAGGCAGGAAGCCAAUGCAGGGUUUGAUUUAAGGAGGCGGGGUUUUCUACAAAGCUGCUCAGGCACAACCUUGAUUGGGUCAGCAAAGAGGAGCACCUGUUUUUGAAAAUCUGAAAGUGGGGUUUUCUACAAAGCUGCUCAGGUUCAUUUCCUCAUUUGCAUCCUGAAUUAGAAGAACCCUCUCCUGAAGUGGUCUAGUUUGUGGAAAUAUUGUAGCCAAAGAAGUUUUCUUUAGGAGUCAGGCAAUUGGGUAAGUGAUAUUGCAACUCUCUUAAGCUAUUAAUAUUACUUAUAUGUUUCCUAAACACGUUUACUUGGAAGUGAGGACCUCUGACUUCAAUGAGGGUUUCACCCCUGUAAAUGUGCUGCUGUCUUAGCUAUUGACCUUAACCUCUUUAAUGGGCUUUCUGUUAAAGGAAACAAGAUAGGAUUUACUAUUUAUUGAGACACAAAGGGGGAAGGGAGAUUUGUUUGGCUUAGUUUCACCUUUUCAGAUUAUAUUUCUUUUUGAGAGUUCUUGAUUAUAGCAAAUAAAGACACGCCCAUACCCUGACAACUAAUUAUCUUACUAAAUUGCAAAGGUUGCAGUCUUACCUGCAGUUGGGUGUAAGCCCCCAUGAACUGUGUUGUAAGACUGUAAAUUAAAUGGAGGCAUGGGGUGUGAGAAGCCUCGAAAAUAUGAGAACCAUAAGGCAAUAUACACCUUUUUUGGCACCAGUAUAAAUGGGUUAUUGUCUGCAAUGUUGGGUUUUGUAUGCCAGUCUAAACAAGGGGUGGUAUUCAGUGCUUGUCCUGCUCAGAGGAGAAUCAUUGAAGUUAAUAGACAUGCCUCACUUCAUUCAUGAAUUUCAGUGGGCCUUCUCCAAGUAGGACUUAGUUGAGUACAAUGCAAGAAGCAGAUUUCUAGGUCUGUGAUUGUGAGAGAGAAAAGCAAGGCAAAUAUGACCAACUAUAUUCAUCCCAAGCAAUGUGGUUCAAUACCGAGGGAAGAGUCAUGAGACUUGUUCAGCAGCAGAUACUGUGGGGUGUCUAGAAGAAAAAGGCUCUCAUUUUAGAGGGCUUGCUUUGCAUGCAGAAGGUCCCAGAUUCAGCUCCCAGCAUCUCCAAGCAGGGCUGGGAGAGGCUCCCUGCCUGAAACUGUGCAGAGCUGCUUCCAUUAGGAGCUCUAUUCUGCCAUAUACUAUGUCAAGUCAUUCCUAGAUGCGCCAAAUCGCCUGACUCUGUAUAUGGCAGCAUCUUGUGGGCAUGCUCAUUGAAGUGGAUCUUCCUUUCUGCUUUCAAGGUAUAAGCCAGACAUGUCGCCAAUUGCCGUGAAUGAGAUGAUGCAGCUUCUGGGCCGACUAUCUGAUAUAUGGGGAAUGAAGGCUGCCACCAAGCAACCCAAACGAGUUGCCCUUGCGGCAGGUUUGGGGGCCCUGUUUGGGGGCUUGUUGACCGGACCAGUUGGCAUUCCAGUAGGUAAGUAUGUGCUUCCUUAUGAACCGGAAAUCUCAGCGCAAAAUUGCCUUGCCUAUUUAAUUAAAGCGGUAGUGAAUGGGUAUGGAGGCAUACAUGUUAUGGUUAGCGCUGGGGAAGGGCCGUGGCUCAGUGGUAGAGCAUCUGCCUUGCAGGCAGAAGGUUCUUGGUUCAAUCCCUGGAAACUCCAGUUAGGGCUGCCCAAAGCCCUGGAGAGCUGCUGCCAAUCAAUGCAGAAGAUGAUACUGAGCAAGAUGGACUCAUGGUUUGACUUAGUAUAAGGCAGUUUCCUGUGUUCCUGUCCAGGAAGGAGUCUUAACUCCUUUCAUGGACAAUCACCCAGAAUUAAUGGCAGUCAAAGACCUGGUUCACACAUCACAGUGAGCCGAAACGAUUAUCUACUCCGAGUGCUGCUUGGUUUCUCCCUGGUCCUUUUAGCUUGGCAGCUAAGCCCUGCUCAGUGUGUUGUCCUAACCCAGGAUCAUGGUUCAUCUCUCUCUUCCUUACCCACAAUCUGUAGCUGCCCGUGGUUCAGAAGAAGAGUGUGCCACCAUGAUUCUGGGUUUGGACAACAUGCUACGCUAGGGCCAGGGAACCUUUUGUGCAAUGUCUUGUCCUUCUGAGGCUCUACAGAGCGAGAGCUGUAGCUCAGUGGUUGAGCACUUGCCAGACAGAGAGGCAGAGACGUCCCAUGUGCAAUAUCUAACAUUGGUGGUUGAAGUCUGUUGGGACUGGUAGAGCAGAAUGCAAGGCAAUCAACAGCAGGUGGAGACAAUGAAAUGUAGAGCCAUAGCAGGACUGGUUGAAAGAAAGGUGGAUAUUUGCUGGUGGGGCAGUGCCCCAUUCUCCCUAACGGGCCAGCCUCCACUGAUCCCCUUCUGUUAAUAGCCUAAUGGAUUGGCUACAGUAGAGUCCUAGUCAUGUAGACCACUUAGAGAAUCGUUUCUUCUUCUAAUUAAGCAGUAUAUAUAAAUCUUGCUAAUUUCUUUUUUUUAUGAGGAGUUAACUCUUAAGAGUCAAGUUUGGGGUAUAUAGACCCUCAAGGAGAUCAGUGUUAAAUAUGCUAAUGUCUCCUUCACUUUUAAGGAACAAACUUUGCAAAUGGAUGGACUGCUGAGGACCAGAUAGCUGUUAUUCCUGAAUUGCAGGGGGUUUGAGUAGAUGACCCCCUGGGUCCCUUCCAACUCUGCAAUUCUAUGCUUCUAUGACCUGGGCCAGUGGGAUGUGUAGGUCCCUGCUGGAAUUGGGGCAGCCUAAGAGUGAGGAACGCAGGUUAAACCAAAGAGCUUAGGACUUGCCGAUCAGAAGCUCGGCAGUUCGAAUCCCCACGACGGGGUGAGCUCCCGUUGUUCGGUCCCUGCUCCUGCCAACCUAGCAGUUCAAAAGCACAAAGUGCAAGUAGAUAAAUAGGUACCACUCCAGUGGGAAGGUAAACAGCGUUUCCGUGCACUGCUCUGGUUUGCCAGAAGCUGCUUAGUGAUGCUGGCCACAUGACCCGGAAGCUGUACACCGGCUCCCUCGGCCAAUAAAGCGAGAUGAGCGCCGCAACCCCAGAGUCGGUCACGACUGGACCUAAUGGUCAGGGGUCCCUUUACCUUUUAAGAGUGAGGAUCCUGGGGAGGGGAGAGAUGCUCCUUCAACCUGCUCUCUUGCCCCACCUCCUUCUCUGUCACCACUUGCCUCUCUACAGCUGUCAGAUCCUCUCUUUGACACUUGCACAAUGCCUGCUGCGCCCCCAGCCCCAGUGCCAUUGGACACUGGGAGGGGCCGGCCUCUCCAGAGAGGGGUGUUCAGUUGGUGUAGCCCACUUCUGAGGGGGGCAGAGACACCUCCCUCAUCACCUAGAUCCAGAAGGCACCAAAAGAGGAAAGAAUAGAUCAGGCAUAGGCAAACUCCGGCCCUCCAAAUGUUUGGGACUACAAUUCCCAUCAUCCCUAGCUAACAGGACCAGUGGUCAGGGAUGAUGGAAAUUGUAGUCUCAAAACAUCUGGAGGGCCAGAGUUUGCCUAUGCCUGGAAUAGAUGAAUCCACCUAAGUGAGAGAUUGCAGAAACGCUUGCUACACUAAGCUGAGCCUGCUUCAUUCCUAUAUAUAGGAUAGCAAGGGUGUGUGUCAGUAUCAGAGCAACAUUCAAAGCUUUGGGAGGCAGAUCACCUGCCCUUGUUGUAGAUGCAUGCAGAAUUAAUUAUGUGUAUUGCCCUGUAUUAGGUUAAGCUAGCGAUUUGCAUGUAUAUUGUGGUGAUCUAAACAUUAAAUCCUAUUGGAAGGCUCCUCCUUCAAGUCCUUGUUCCUCAGCAACUGGGAACCAGGACAGAAUCCUUGUAUGAAAUGAAACAUUCCAAGGCAGGGUCCUCUGGGCUCUGAUCUUCACCUAUACCAGAAGACAAAGGGGUGUGUGUUGUGUGUACCUGUGCAUGUGCAUGUGCAUGUGCAGCUGGGGCAACCCAGCCAGAUGGGCAGAAUAUUUAUUAUUAUUAUUAUUAAUGCAUAGAUGUACCAGAACUCUUGAAUCUGCAAAAGAUUUUCUGGAUUGGGCUGCAAAGCUUUCAAAGCAGGAUGGCUUACAAAACAAUAUUUUUCUCUGUGUGGCUUUUCUAGGGGGUACAGUUGGUGGCUUGGUCGGCUCCCAGAUGACAGCUGGACAAUUUAAGCCUGCCCGUCAGAUUAUUCGGGAAAUGCCUCCUGCGAAGCAGCAGCAACUGUACAAGAUAGCCUUUCGAGUCGUCCAGGACAUGGAGUGGCCGAACGUGGUGCAGCUCAUGAACCUGAUCAUGGAGGAUGUAGCCAUACAAGAGCAACUGAUUGGGGUGGUGAUGGACUAUCUCGCCAAUGAACUCAAAGCCGAAAUCAAGUUCGACAAAACGAAACCUUGA